AUGCACAGCAAAGAUCAAAAGAAAACCACAAAGAAGAAAGAGGAAGAAGAAGCAACCAUGGAAGGCUUAAUCCCAUUUCUCUUCCAAGCCCUCAAGAAACCGAGACCUCAUAACCGUUACCGAUCGUUUUCCGAAACCUCGACCCGUAGCUACCACUUGCUAGUUGGAGGAGACUCAGUGGAAGGCUCGUCUCACCGUCGAACCCGGUCGGAGUUUCAGCCACCAACCUUUGAUGUAUUGCAGCAAAAUUCAGGCGUGGAAUAUUUGUCAAACUCAAAAAGCUUCAGCAGAGGUUCUGUGCUCUCUCCUGGAAAUCCAAAUGGCUUUAAGCAGAUUGGUUCCAAUGCUAAUUACCAAGUGUCAAAGGGAACCAACUUGAAUCGUCGACGAUAAAAUGAAGUUAGGAGCACGAGAAUUCUGUCAGCAUGAGUUUCAGGAAUCCCAUAAUCCUCGAAACUAUGAAAUUUAAAAACUACUUCUAGAAUUGUUUCAUUGUGUCAUUGUUUUAUUUAUGUAAUUUUGGUCAUACAAAAGUAAGAAAAUGUGAACGAUUUGCAACAAAUGUUUCAGUAAUAUGUUGAUAUUAUUUAUUGUUUGUACCUGAAUUUCAAAUUUGUUUGUAUUGUCUGCUCCUU